AUGAGAUUACAAAAUUCUUCAUCAUCAAACAUUGAAGAAGUUAGGGAGUUUGCAGAAUGGAUUCUACAAGUGGGAUAUGACACAAUGAACACAAUUGAUGAUGCUCAAACCAUGAUAGAAAUACCUCCAUAUUUGUUGAUAGAAGAAUCAUAUGAUCAUGUACUUAGCUUGGUGAAUUUUUCUUAUCCUAAAAUGAUUGCCAACAUGAAAAACCAUCCAUUCUUUGAAGAAAGAGCAAUCUUGGCACCAACCCUUGAGAGUGUUGAGCAUGUCAAUAAUUUCAUGUCUUCUAUGGUUCUUGGUAAUGAGAGGGAAUAUUUGAGUUUUGACAGUACAUGCAAGUCUAAUGAGGACACAAAGAUAGAAGGGGAUUGGUUCACUUCUGAGUUCUUGAAUGAAGGAAAAUGUUCAGGAAUUCCAAACCACAGACUUAAUUUGAAGGUUGAUGUUCCAAUUAUGCUUCUUCGGAAUAUAGACCAAUAUGUUGGUUUAUGUAACGGAACUCGCUUGAUGGUAAUAAAUUUGACCAAAAAUGUCAUUAUAGCACCAAUUCUAACAGGUAAAAAAAUGGGAUAA